AUGGUCGCCAACGACGUCCACUACGAUCCCGCCAGCGUCGUCUUCCCACUGCCAUAUCGCGUCUUCUUCCUCAUCGGUGUUGGGCUUCUCGGCUGGGCCACCAACCUUCAUGGACUCUACAAACUGGACGUCGACGUCGUGGGGGCUUUAGAGCUCAGGACCGAAGGAUACCAACCACGAUUACCACUCACAAACCAUCGGAGACCGUCGCUCAUUGGCCAGAGCAAUGGCUCCGCAAGGUCGAAUACCUUUAUGGCGACCCCGACAUUUUAUCAAUCAUUGUAUCGACUAAUACUGACAUAUUCUGGAAUAUGUCUAGUCUCUUGGACUCUCUUUCGUGCAUCAACAGGAGACAACCCAUCUCUAGUGGAUGCCUACGGAUACAUCCCCGCCCUGACCGCGUUGAUCAUGGUCUUCAUCCUCCUCACGCCCUACAACAUCUUUUUCAGGGAAGAGCGGGCCAAGUUCAUUCAAGCUAUUCGAAGAUGUUUCCUCUCGUCAAUGAAUACCCCAAUCCAAUUCUCAGACGUCAUUCUCGCCGACAUCGGUACCUCGUUCUCUAAAGUUAUUGGCGAUGUAUGGCUCUCGCUAUGCAUGAUAAUACCCGGAAAUACCAUUCUAAAUCCCCCUCCUCAAGUUGGACUAGCCCGAUGGAUUCUACCAACUCUAAUGAGCUUCCCGUAUCUCGCGCGUUUCCGCCAAUGUGUGAUAGAGUAUAACCUCUCCUCAAAUGAGAGCACACGACCGCUUUUCAACGCGAUUAAAUACGCCACGGCAUUUCCCGUCAUCUAUCUGUCCGCUGCUCAAAGCCUUGUAGUGGCAGACCUGGUACAGAAGCGCGGAGAUACAGUCCUCAGCGAUCCCUGGCACGGCGAACAUCGCCUGUUCCGGUUAUGGCUUCUUGCGGUUUUCGUCAACUCGUUCUAUUCCUUUUGGUGGGACGUCACGAAUGACUGGGGUCUGGAGCUGCUAAAGCCAGAACCGUCUGUGCCUCAGGAACGACAACCGCCUAAAAGACUCAUCCUUCCUCGUCUUCACUCCAGUACCCCUUUAAUCAGCCGAGAGACAAGCCCUGCUUCAGAUACAGAGCGGGAUCGAUCACCCCGUAUCAGCGAGUCCAGUCCUACUCGCGGCCGAUCGCGGUAUGGCUUACGACAGAUCCUUCUUUUCCCUGCCUUCGUCUAUCCCCUCUUCAUCGUCGUUAACCUAAUGCUACGGAUGGCAUGGACUGUCCGACUAGCAGCGCACCCUAGCACCACCAGGGAUGGAUCUAUGACUGUCUUCUGGAUGGAGGUAGCAGAAAUUACUCGCCGCUGGCUCUGGGUGUUCGUCCGCGUGGAAUGGGAGGUUAUCAAAAAGAUAGGGGAAGGAGAGCCUCAAGCAGAUCCUGAUUACCUGUACUCUCAUCCUCCUUCCAGCAGUGAAAGUUUGUCUGCGAGAGAGAAUUCCCCGGGCAUGAAGGAGUGA